UCGAUUAGUAUCGUUUGUGAGUUGAUAGGCGUCGGUCGGUCACAAGAGAAUCGAAAUGCAGUUAACGGCGGUUUCAAUUUUGCUGGUUUGUUUAGUAUUACCGGGCUUUAGAGCACUGGACGUGGCCGGUCCCUGCCGGACCUUACCGGUGGUGCAAAGUUUUGAUGUAACGCAGUACAUGGGCAUGUGGUACGAGAUCCAGCGCUACCCCCAUCGUAACCAACCCAACGGAGACUGUGUGGUGGUAAACUACACGCUAAACCAAACCACCGGCGAAGUGGCCAUUCUAAAUCGCAUGAGAGUGAUAGCUGAUGACGCCACCGUGGAGGCGCGAGGAACGGCCGUAACGGAUCCCGAUUAUCCCGGCCAGGGUGUUUUAAGGGUGCGUUUCGAGGAGACACCCCCGGAGGUUCCGGCCUCGUACUACCGGAUUCUGGGCGUUGUCUAUGACCGGUAUGCCGUUGUGUGGUCCUGCCGGCAAAAUGGUGCGAACUCAGUUGAAUCUGCUUGGGUACUUUCAAGAGCUCCAACGUUAGAAGGCGUUUCAGUAUCGAACGUUAAAGCAAUCAUCGACCAGCACCUUGACCAAGAAUCGUUUACAAUUACGAAGCAAGGGGAACAGUACUGUGGAGGAGCAGCGGCUUUGACAACUUCGAUCGUGGUGUUUAUUUUGAGUGUUUUUGUUAUGUUGCAAUCAAAUAACUAAAAAUGAACUAAUAAAAUCUGCCUAAGCAGUCUGUUCGAAAAAUCGUA